AUGGCCCCAUCAUCAGCCCAGGGAAAACGUGUCAAGGGGCGCCAGGUGUCGCGCCCCUUCGUCUACGGCACCACGGCGAGACCCUUUGACCCGGAGAAGAACCCCAAACCCAGUCACGUGCCCGACGACCACACGCACAGCUGGACCGUCUUCGUGAAGGGCGUCGACGAUACCGACCUCACCUACUGGCUCCGCCGCGUCCAGUUCAAGCUGCACGAAUCCAUCCCCAACCACGUGCGCAUGGUCGACGGCCAGCACGGCCGUGCUUUUCUCGUCGAGGAGACGGGCUGGGGCGAGUUCGAGAUCGCCAUCAAGCUCUACUACGUUCCCGAGUCCGGCGAGAAGCCGCAGACCCUCUACCACCACCUGCGCCUGCAUGCCUACGGCUCCGACGCCGAGCGCGCCGCCAUGGUCGCUAAUGGCGAGGUCGUCAGCUGGGUCUACGAGGAGCAGCUCUUCAACGAGCCCUUUGAGCACUUCUUCGACAUCCUCACCAGCGGCGCCGGCGGCAGCAGCAGUGCGGGAGGAGGCAAGGGGAAAGGAGGAGGAGCGGCUGGUGGUGCCCAGUCCAAGGAUGGUCAGCCAAAACGGACCGAGGGGGGCGUCAUCGAGCGCAGCGCCAUGAUUCCCAUGCGGUCCAGACCAGGCCAGCCCUUCAGCGCCGAGGCCGAGAAACUUGAGAUGGACAUGAUCCGCCGCGCUAUGGACGAGGUGCGCCAGAUGCGCGAGAAAGAUGAGAAGGCCAUCGAGGAGAUGACCGCCAAGCUGGUGCGACUCAAGGAGGAGGGCAGAGGGGAGCUCGCUAUGGCGGCAUAGGGUCCGUCUGAUGCGCAGGACAACAAGAAGCCCUCACUUCCGGGGCCACCCAACGCCGCGGGUCCCGCACAAGGCUAUGGGGUGGAGACUCGUAGUAGAAAGAAGGGAAAGAAACAGUCAUAAAGGAGAAGUACUGUGCGAACAGCAGUCUGUUUGUGGAGGAAGAGGCGACCAAGCAACCAAUCACUGGUUUCACUGUUGAGGAGGUCGAUAUUGUUUAGACAGGAGUUUAUUCUGGAAUUUCACUAGUACGGAUUUGGUACAUCUCACUGGAGGCUGGAGUUGUCGGUUCGGCGUUUUUCAUGGACUGAUAAAUUUAUUAUACCAAGGGAGGGUGUGGAUAGGUCUCAAAUGGGAACAUUACUUCUCAUCU